AUGGCGCAACUUACGAAAGAUGAGGUCCACACCUACGCCGAGGCCAUGAUCGCCGCCAUCAAGACACCUGCCUUUCAGGAGCGUGUCCGUGCUGCGAUGUGCCGUGAGCCGACCCCGGCGGAUGCUGAGGCCGUCAUGAAGCGCUACGAAGAAGUACAGGCAGACUACUUCACCAACCACUACAUCUCCGAAGCCGGCGGCAUCCGCAGCAGCAUCAGUGCCGGCGCAGAGAGCAGCGGCACUAGCGGCGCGGGUGGCCGUGCGAAGAGUUCUCAAGAUGCAUCCGAGGCACUGGCCCAGGAGGUGGACAACAUGCGCCUCCAGAAGGCAAGCGAUGCGCCGAGGCUGGACGGCGUCGAAAUCGUGGAGCAGCUGAAGAACGCGGUACGCGUCUACAAGGAGGAGGAGACGGUGCGGCUCAUCACGGAGCUCUGUUUGCUGAUCGAGUCGCAGGUGACGACGCUUCCAGCGACCGUGCCAGCCCUGAAGCACCUCUACAGCAAUUCCGUGUAUGGCUCCAGUAGGAUGGAGCAUGCGCAGGCCGGUGGCGGUGCGAACGUGCUGCCCGUCACGCACCCGUCUCCAGAGAUGAUGCAGAUGAACAUGGCGAUGCGCACCCUCAACCCAAAACAGCGCGAGACCGUCGAGCGGGUGCAGCGGGCCAUGAUGAACGGCAGCCCGCCGUUGCCGGAGGAUAUGCAAGACAUGCUGCUUAUUCAGCGUCAGCUUGCUGCCUUCAUGCAGACGAUGCAGCGCUUCGGUCAGAUGCCGAGCGGCAGGGGCCGUGGCAGUGGUGGUCGCGGCGGGUGUGGUGGGCGCGGUGCCCAGUAG